GGCGCUGUAUACAAAUUGUAUACAGUGCGGUAGCUACCCUGGGCACUGACAAUACAUGUACAUGUAUACACAUGUACAUGUACAUACAUACAGUUCGACAGGCGUGGUGGGACUAGUGACCUCCAAAUACAAACAACUCCGUGAAGUUUACGUGCUGAUUGAGUUUGGAGUUUGGACAAUUCAACACUGACAUGCCAUACCAAAAGGUCCCUCACAAACUACACCCCUCCAUGCUGCACCAAAACGUUAUCAGUGGUUGUCGUGGCGUUGAGGCCGGUUUUCUGUUCCUUGCUCUAUGUUGCGACGGAUAAAUUUGCAGUGAACCAAAAUACGUGUAAAUACGCACGAGAUAUACUUCCGGGAUUACCAAACAGGUCUACUGACUGACUGUGAAUAUUCCUGACUGUCAUGACUGUGUGUCUGUGUGUAUAUCUCGUAACAUCUAGUUUAAAAUCAUUUUAAUGGACUGAUGAAGGAGAAGGAACUUGCGGAAAGAUGAUUUGUGUCAUUUUGGUAGCUGGACAUGGACGCGUUUUGGAAGAUGAAAUCAAGAACGAUGCCUCAGGGUGUUACUCCAACUUGGAAGGCGUGCCCAAGUCCUUACUUCCGGGCGUAGGUGGGAAAAGAAUUCUGGAUUUCUGGUGGGAGGCCAUCAACACGCGACAGGUGUUCAGUGACGUUUACCUUGUCACCAAUGCUGACAAGUACAAGUACUAUGAGCGCUGGGCAACAGCGAAUGACUUCCCAGUCGAUAACAUUGUCAAUGAUGGCUCCACCACUUACGAAAACAGACUGGGUUCUGUGGGCGAUUUUGAUCUGGUGCUCAGGAACAAGAAAAUCAAUGACAGUGUGAUGGUGGUUGCCGGGGACAUGCUUUUUCAAGAUCACAACUUUGACAUUACCCAAGUGGUGGACUACUUCAAGCGAAAGCAAGGGGAGCUUGCCAUUUGUUAUGAGAUGGAACCAACAGAACUCUCACGCAGUCGUGGCAUCGUGGAUGUGUGUCCUGUGACAAACAGGAUUACUCAUUUCACGGAGAAGCCGAACCAUGAUGAGGCAAUGUCGCGUUUGGCAAGCGUCGUCUUCUACUGCUUCCGAAAGCAGACCCUGCCGACGAUCACAUCCUACCUCAACGAUCAUCCUAAUGUCGUCGAGAGAAACUUUGGAAUGUACAUGGAGUGGCUUGUCAACAAGUCUGGCAUCGAGGUCUAUGGCAUGAAGCUCCCCACUGGCUUUCAACUCAUCGGCCAAGUUGGUCUACACGAAUACAAAAAGUGGCUGGAAUACUUCUCGGACAAACAACUCCAGCAAGGGGUUAAAGAAGCCUUCACUGCCACGGCAUAUGCAAGAUUGGGUUUAAUGGGUAACCCCUCGGAUGGUUUCCAUGGCAAAACCAUAUCUCUCUCCAUCGCCAACUUCUGGGCGGAAGUCACCAUCAAGGAAAGCGAGCGACUGAUAUUGGUUCCGCAUCCGUUGAAUGACCCUACAGAGUUUGGUAGCCUGGGAGACCUCCAUGGUAUCAGUAGAAAGGAAGGCUACUUUGGAGGAUUGAGGCUUCUUCAGGCUACCUGCAAGAAGUUCUAUCAGUACUGCUCAGAGCAAGGGAUUGCUUUGCCGAAGAGAAAUUUUACACUGAAAUACGACACCAAUAUACCAAGACAGGUGGGUCUUGCUGGAAGCAGUGCCAUCGUCACGGCAACACUGAAAUGUCUCAUGCACUUCUUUGAUCUCACAAAUAGUGAUAUUCCACAGCCAAUGCAGCCACAGUUCAUCCUGAACGUUGAGGUGGAUGAACUUUUCAUCAAUGCUGGACUGCAAGACAGAGUUAUACAGAUCUACCAAGGUCUUGUCUACAUGGAUUUCUCACGGGAGGUCAUGAGGUCAAAAGGUCACGGUGAAUAUCAGCCGAUGGAGAUCGGCCUUGUUCCACCGCUGUGGCUUGCAUUUGUUCGCAAUCCCAGCGACUCCGGCAAGAUUCACAGCAACGCCAGACAGCGAUUUGACAGUGGUGAUCCAGAAGUUGUAGGUGGGAUGAAGAAAUUAGCUGAGCUCACAGAUCAAGCCAAAGAAGCAUUGGAAGCAGGUGAUGUACCAAGACUCUGUGACCUCAUGAAUGAGAACUUUGACCUCAGGCGGAGUCUCUACGGUGAUGAUGUGAUCGGAGAGUUGAAUCUGAGGAUGGUGGAACUGGCUAGACAGUUCGGUUCAUCUUCUAAGUUCCCUGGCAGCGGGGGAGCUGUGAUUGGCAUUUGUCGGGAUCCAGAACAACUGCCAUUUUUAAAGGCAGCAUUUCAAGAGGAAGGUUUCGUCUUUUGCCACGUCAUUCCAAAGCAGGAAUCAGUAGCAGCCACUAACCAUCCCCAUAUCUCAACCACCCCACCUCCUCAUGAUGACCCCGCCCAUCCGCCAAACAACUCUGAGGAGAAGUGGCAAGAGGUUGAAGUUACAGAGGCAGGUGACAAGGCAACCAGUGGAAAUGACCAAAACCUGGAUUAACUUGGUUAAUAACCAGUACAAGUUUAAGGACCAUUGGUUAAUCAGUAUCAGUUUGAUUAACCAAUGCGAGGUAGAUUAUCAGGAUCAUCGGUUAAGUUUUAAUCAUGCUCCACCAUUGGACAACCAUGUGCACUUGUCAUCAACCAAGUUAAUUGGUUGACCAAUGCAAGUUUGAUCAAGUACAAUUGGUUAACGAGUUCAAGUUUGAUCAAAUACAAGUCGGUUUAACCAGUAUUAGUAAUAUCAAGGAUCACUUGUUUACCAGGGCUACUUUGAUAAAGGACUUUAGUUAACCAAAGAAAGUUUGGUCAAGCAAUAUUGGUUAACGUUUGCAAGUUAAUUGAUUAACCACUGCAAGAUUGAUCAAUAUCCAAUGCACCAUUGGAUAACCAGUGCUCUUUUCAUCAACCAAGUUAAUUGGUUAACCAAUGCACGUUUGAUCAACUACAAUUGGCAAAUGCAAGUUUGGUUAAAUAUUGGUCAACAGGUGCAAGUUAAUUGAUUAACCAGUUUGAGAUUGAUCAAUGCCCAUUGGCUUACAUGUGUAGGUUUGAUCGAGGACCACUAAUGGGGGCAAUAAACAAGGCCAGUUGGUGAUCGAACCAGUGCAAUCAGUUAUGGUUGGUUUACCAGACAAGUUGAAUCAUGGACCGAGUGGUCAACGAGUAUAAGUUAAAUCAAUGAUCAUUGGUUAAUCGGGGCAAGUUUGGUAAAGUACCACUGACUUCUAAACCAGUGCAAGUUUAUCAAGGACAUAAUUGGCUAAGCAGUUAAAGAUUCUGAUUGAUCAGACACCAUAUACCUUUGGUUAACCAGUUAAAGUUAUGGGUUGACAAGUACACAUUUUAUUAACCCUCCUGCUUUCUGAACAGUCACAGACAGUCAAAAAAAUUAAUCCUCUUCCCUGCCAUGCCUUUAACACAGGCUAGUCACCAACAGGCA